UGCAUCAUGGUGUCAGUCGCUUCGUCUCGUUUUGCCAUUCUUAAAAUUGAGGAUGAUGAGGAGCCCGACAAUCAGACAUCUAAAACACUAGCGAAGCCAAGCGAAAAGCCAGGACAGUCUAAAAAUGCUAAGAAAAAGGCGAAAAAGAAAGCAAAGGCCGAAGAGGAGAGGGCCGAGAACAAAGAGCUGCAGAGUAUGCUAUUCAUGACCAAAGCUAAGAAGGGUAAGCACAAGGCCCAAGAGGAGUCUUCUACGGAAAAGCAGAGGACAGACAGCACCAGUUCAGAGCAGUGGGAUGACUGGAAGAAGCGCGACACUGAGUUUGUUGCAGAGGUGUAUGAGUCAGAUCUGCAGCAGGCCUUGCUCGAAAGCAAGAUAGAGUUUAACGAGGAACGACAGAAGCGCGUUGCCGUGGGAGACGACCCUGAUCGCCCAGAGAGAAACAGGAGGAAGAAGGCGGGAAAGUCGGGGAAGCCGGCACCGAUGUCACUAGAAGAGUUCAACGCGAAGGCACAGACGCAGCACAGCGAUCAGGAGAGGAAGCUGGCAGGAGGAGGGGGAGAAGCCACGGACGCGUGCGAUGAGAAGGGAGACUUCUUCAACAAGAUCGCCGACGACGCAGAGAGAAUCAUCACCAAGGAGCAGCGCAUGGAGCAAUACAGGAAGAACCUGGAGGAGUUUGCGGCGGUGAAGAAGAGGAACAAGCAACUGUGUUUCAUCCUUGCUCAGGGAGAGAUGAAGGAGAAAGCUGAGGUGCUCCUGCAGAUGGAAGAGCUGCUCGCCGUACGAGACGAGAUGACCCAGCAGGUGACUGAGUUGCAUGGCUUGCUGGAACAGGAGCGAUCCAAAGUCCAUAGUCUGACCUCAGAGCUUCAAAAACAUCAGAAGCACAGCAAGAAGUGAACCGGUCACCCGAUGUCCGCCGAUCUUCCCGCACGUUCCAAUAGAUGGCGCUACUUGUCACGACGUUCCCACCGCUGCUGUAUUGUCUACCGACUUGUUGCACAGUGAUUCAGGAAGAAAGGGAGGAAGGAAGAGAGGAAGGAAGGGAGAGUAAAAUAGGAAGGGAUGAAGGAAGGGAGGUAGGAAGGUAGAGUAAAAGAGGAAGCGGUGACGGAAGGGAGAGUAAAAUAGGUGGGGGUGGGGGUAGGAAGGGAGAGUAAAAGAGGAAGGGACGAAGGAAGGGAGAGUAAAAGAGGUAGGGGGAGGA